AUGAAUGCAAAUGUAAACAAUAUUUAUAAAAAGAGGAAUUAUGUACAAGCACAAGACACCAGUAAUUAUUCAUUUGACUUGGAAGAUCCAGCAACUUGGCCAUCAGUUAUAGAUAGGAAGUAUCGUUUGUGUAUUAUAAAAAAGGGGGCAAUUCAAGUCAAAAAUUUUAAAUUUCCAAUGAAUGAUGAACAAAGAUCAUUCUCUGAAAAAUAUUAUUACAAGACCAUGUCAAAUGGUGAAAAGGUAGUAAGGCCAUGGCUUAUAUAUUCAACAAAAAUGAAUGUUGUAUUUUGUUUUUCGUGUCGAUUGUUCCCAAAUUCUAAGAACAAAACUAGUUUUACUGAUGGUUUCAAUGACUGGAAACAUUUAUCUGAACGAAUAAAAAGCCACGAUUCUUCAAUUUAUCAUAAAAAGUCUAAUCAAGAAUGGUUAGAAUUAUCAUGGCGUAUAGAUAGCGGUACAACUUUAGAUUGUGAACUUCAAAAAGAAAUUCAAACUGAAAAAGGUCGUUGGAGAACAGUACUGAAAAGAAUAAUAGCUUGUAUUAUUUAUCUUGCUCAACAAAAUGACGCAUUCAGGGGACAAAAUUGUACCAUUUAUACAGAACAAAAUGGUAAAUUUCUUAAACUUAUUGAAAUGAUAGCAAUUUUUGAUAACCCUAUGGCUGAACACUUGAGAAAAAUAAAGAAUAAAGAAAUCCAUCAACAUUAUUUGGGACCCAGGAUACAAACGGAAUUAAUACACUUGAUUGGGAAUAAAAUAAGAACAGAAAUUGUAACACGUAUUAAAGCAGCAAAAUAUUACACUAUUAUGCUUGAUGCAACUCCUGAUGCAUCUCACAAGGAACAGUUAACGUUAAUAAUCAGAAUUGUACAGAUAACUAAAACUACUAAUAAUGUUGUGGUUUCGGUGGAUGAAUAUUUUAUAAACUUUUUACAUAUAACUCUUAAAACAGGAUUAGGAUUGUUUGAUGUUUUAAAGCAAGAGUUAUCAAAUUUAGGUAUAUGUUUAUCAAAUUGUCGUGGCCAAGGCUAUGACAAUGGUGCAAAUAUGGUUGGACAUAAACAAGGUGUACAGGCUAGAAUUUUAAAUGAUAAUCCUAGAGCUUUGUUCUUGCCAUGUUGUGCUCAUUCAUUAAACCUCCUAUUAGGAGAUAUGGCAAAUUGCAUACCACGAGCUAUGACCUUUUUUGGAGUGAUCCAAAGAUUGUACACUUUAUUUUCUGCUUCUACAGAGCGUUGGGAAAUUUUAAACAAACAUUUAAAAUGUUUAACUUUGAAACCGUUGUCUGAGACUCGAUGGGAGUGCCGAUUAGAAUCUGUAAAGGCAGUGAAAAUGCAACUUAAAGAAAUAAAUAAUGCUUUGAUAGAAGUAAGUGAAUCUACAAAAAUACCAGCAAUUAAAAGUGAAGCUAUUUCUCUUGCUGAACAUGAAAUGUCUUAUGAGUUUGUACUAAGUUCAGUAAUAUGGUAUAAUUUAUUAAAUAAUAUUAAUAAAGUAAGCAAAACUCUGCAAAAUGAAAAAAUUUCAAUUGAUUUUGCUGUCAAUAAUUUGAAAGGCCUGAAACAGUUUUUAAAUAAGUAUCGUGAAAAUGGAUUUAAUGAAGCAAAAGAAGAAGAUAUUCAUAUUUGCAAACAAAUUGAUAUAAAACCAGAGUUUAAAUCUAAAAGAAAAAGUUUAAAGAAACGAAUGUUUAGUUAUGAAAGCUCUCCUAUAUUAUGCUCAACAAAUGGAGAAGAAUGUUUUGUGAAUGAUUUUUUUUUACCAAUUUAG